AUGGAACAUAAAGAUACUAGAAUCGGGCCUCGUCCAGAUAACCCUCCACCAUACUCUGUUGAACCUCCAAGCCAAACAUCAUAUCCCGCUGAAACUCCAGGCCAAACUGCAUUUGUCGCUCAACCUCCAGGCCAAACGUCAUUUUCCGCUGUACCUCCAGGCUCGUACCAAUAUGCAACAGUUGUACCACCAGGCUCAGUUCCAUUUACAGCUGCUCCUCAACAAGGCCAACCUCAUGUCUAUAUAGCAACACAACCAAGAGCAGGAGCAGUGGUUCACACAGUGAUAGUCCAGCAAAUGAGCCCUGUGCCUACAAGCAUGGUAUGCAAGUCCUGUAAUGUUCAAAUAGUGACGCGAGUGGAAAUGAACCCCACGAUAAGGACACAUCUUUUCGCUAUGAUGCUGUGUUUAAUAGGUUGCUGGCCGUUAGCAUGUGUGCCUUACUGCAUUGAUUCUUGCUACAAUUCUGACCACUACUGCCCCAACUGCAACGCUUAUAUUGGGAGUUACAUCAACUAA